AUGGGAAGUGGUACGGCUGCUAAUAAAGGAGUUAGGCCGAUGGCCAGUGGCUUAAAAAAUUACUACGUAAAGCGUGGUUUAGAAAAGGAAUUCGAAGUAUGUUUUCUUGAUAAUAGGACCGUUGGCUUGACCCAAUGGCAAGCGACAAGCCCCUUGAUGACAUAUCUCCCCAGUUUUAUGGUACAACUUACCUUGAUUAUAACCUUGAGUCGGCUUUUAAUGAUCAUCUUCAAACCUCUUCGUCAACCUCGUUUUGUCUGUGAGAUUCUUGCAGGCGUUAUGCUAGGCCCAACUUUCAUGCAAAACUUGCAGCAGGUAGCAAUUUACGUCAACAAACCGGAGGGGGUUUUGUUGCUGGAAACAAUGGGGAGCCUUGGCGUCACAUUCUAUAUGUUCCUAAUGGGUCUGGAGAUGGACCUAACCCCAAUCCGAAAGAUGGAAAAAACAGCCUACAGCGUGGCCAUUGCUGGAAUUAUUUUGCCAGGGUUUGCAGGAAUGAUAUUAUAUCGUCUAGUUAAGAUUGAUCAAGAAGAUGCUCCCAUGGAGGGUGGGUUCUUUUGGGCGAUUGCCCUUACUGUCACAAGCUUCUCGGACUUGGCUCGAAUACUUUCAAAGCUCAAGCUCAUGUCUACGGAUCUUGGAAAGACGGCCUUGGCUUCAGCAGUUCUCACAGACCUGGUUUCUUGGAUUCUUCUUGUGGCAACAAUAGCUAUGGUUAAUGGGCGUGGCAACGUUCUAAGGAUAAUCCCAACUCUGAUUUUCAUGCUACUAUGUUGGUUUGUGAUUCGACCACUUCUUUUCCGAAUGAUUAAACGAAUCGGAGCAGAAAGAGAGGACUCGCUCUCAUCAUCGUCGUCGUCAAUGGAAGGCCAAUGUAGCGAUAAACAUGUUGGUUUUAUUCUUACAGGAGUGCUCUUUUGUGGGUUUAUCACAGAGUUAUGUGGCGUACAUCCCAUGUUUGGAGCUUUCAUGUUCGGACUGAUUAUACCCAGAGGAGAGAUUAGGACUAAGAUCAUGGAUAAAAUUGAGGAGUUCGUGGUAGGGAUUAUGCUGCCCCCGGUUUUCUUGGUUGCUGGCUUGCGGACCAACAUCGUAUUUAUAGCCGCCGGAUACCGGUAUUGGCUGGUAGCUACUGUUAUAAUUGUGGCAUCCUUGAUUAAAAUCAUCAGUACUCUGUUGGUCUGCGCUUACCUGAGAUGCUCGUUUCGGGAUAGUUUGGCCUUGGGGGUCCUGAUGAACACCAAGGGCGUCAUUGCCAUCAUCGUGCUUCAAGAGGGCCGGAACGUGAAGGGAUUUGACCAGCCAACCUUUACUUGGAUGGUGCUUUCCAUAAUACUCAUGACCGGCUUGGUUGUCCCAGUCGUGAGUUUCACUCACAAGUCCACAAGGCAUUUGAAGCAGCAGCAUCGGAUGAAUUUGGAAAGGAGCAGACCGGAGUCAGAGCUCCGAGUCCUGGCAUGCCUCCACUCCAGCAAAAACCUUUCUGGGUUAAUCAAUCUUUUGCAUCUUUCAAAUGCCACCAGAAAAUCCCCAAUUGUGGUCUUCGCCGUUCACUUGAUUGAGCUCACAGGACGCGCUUCUGCAAUGCUCAUUUUGCAUGAUAAGAGUGAAACAAAUGACAUAUCUAGUAACCCCAUUCGAGAAAGAGCCGAGUCGGAGCAAAUCGUCCGUUCCUUUGAAUCCCUUCAAAACGACAACCGAGCCGUCACUGUUCACCCACUCACCGCGGUGUCCCCUUACGCCACUAUGCACGAAGAUGUUAGUAACUUAGCCAUAGAUAAGCAUGUGUCUGUCAUCUUACUCCCAUAUCACAAGAAACCCAAUGACAUUGGGGGUUGGGAGGACCAAAACCUCGAGUACAAGAGAGUGAGCCAAAACUUGCUUGCUAAUGCCCCUUGUUCCGUUGGCAUACUUGUGGAUCGCGGCCUAACUCGACACCUUCCUCUAGAAUCCCAACAUGAUCAAAUUCGAAAAAUUCGGAUUGCUAUGCUUUUUGUUGAAGGAGCUGAUGACCGAGAGGCAUUGGCUUAUGCAUGGAGAAUGGGGGCCAAUCCAAGAGUGACACUAACCGUAGUGAGAUUUGUCCCUGGAAAAGACUUGUUAGAGAGUGUAGCAGAUGAUGACGAUGCUGAUCUUGAUGUAUUCUCCGCCAUGUUCGAGAAAGAAAAGGAGAAACUGCUUGAUGACGAUUACAUAAAUGAGUUUAGAUUUAGAACAAUGCAUAAUCAAUUCAUUACUUACAUGGAAAAACCCGUCAACAGUGGAGACCAGAUUGUAUCAACCAUUACAUCGGCUCAUAAUGAUUAUGAUUUGUACAUAGUAGGUAGAGGAUAUGACAGGCAAUCUCCAAUGACCUCGGGACUUGCUGAUUGGAGUGAAUUCCCGGAGUUAGGACUGAUUGGGGAUACCUUGAUAUCAGUGGACUCCUUAAUGUCAGCCUCCGUUUUGGUUAUGCAACAAUCACCUCCUGUGGCUGCCCUCGCCAAUCCUAGAGUAUCCCAGAAAGGCAACACCUCUGGCUCCAACAAAGGCUUCUCUUCGGAUCACCCAUUUGUUAGUCAUAGAUUAAGCAAUCCUUAA